GCACUUCAACAGACCAACAUCUUCGCGGGUUUCUGAGUCUGACUUGACGCCCAGCGAAAGCAUUGUCGUGUACUGCUUCGAACGGAAAUGAAGAAGAAGCCAACAAAAUAUACCAUUCGGAAAUAGAGCAAUAUAAUAAAGGAAUAAAUACGUUAUUUUUCUGCAAGUGAACGUGUGCGCUAGCCAGUCACCCAGUCAUCCCUAUAGUAGUACUUACCCUUUCCGAGCCAGCAGCAGCGUAGCCAGCAGGAAGCAGUCCUCUGGCGAACGAUAGUGAAAGGAGCGCCCGGCUUCGAUAGCAUAAACAUAAAAUAAAAGCAACCGUCGAACAAAAGCGACAAACAUCUUUUCUUUUUUGUGUGUGUGUGCGGUUUAGCAGAGAGCGGCUAAAAUCAAAGCUGUAGCAACGUUGAGCAGUAAUAGAAACAUCGACCGGAAAAUAUGAUGCUGAAGUCAAAAGUAAUCGUUUUAGUAUCGCUGUUGAUCGGUUUCAGCGCGGCACAGCGACAAGACCAGGAGGAACCGUGUAAAACCAAAUCGAAGGUGGUUGGGGACGUGACAUAUUGUGAUCGGUACUGGGAGUGUGUCAACAAUCAGCCGGAGUUAUACGAUUGUCCCAAUGGGCUGGUGUUUGCCGGGAAGCAUCGUGGUGUAACGGAAGGCUGUGACUAUCCGUGGCGGUCGGAUUAUUGUGACGGGAAACAGUUGGCAAAUGGACCCGUCUCGACGGAGCACUGUGACUGGCUGUACGGUAUCUUUGGACACGAAACGUCCUGCACUCGCUACUGGACGUGCUGGAACGGGACGGCAACCGAACAGCUCUGCAUCGGUGGACUGCUGUACAAUGAGAAUGCCCACAGCUGCGACUGGCCGGAGAAUGUUGAAGGAUGUCAGAAGCACCCUCUCUGCAAUGACGAUGCUAAUGGGAAUGUUCCGCUAGGAAAGUCCUGUAACCGUUACUGGCAGUGCCAGGGAGGUUACCCACGGCUUCAGCGGUGCCCAGCAAUGCUUGUGUUUGACCGGAGAAGUCUACGCUGCGUCGUUCCACCGACGGAGGACUGUGAUAUUCCAACCACCCCACUGCCACUGGAGACCGAUUUGGAACAGGGAAAGGGUAAUGCCAUUUCGAAUCUACCACCCGGUACCAUUCAGGGUAAGCCCAGCGGAGGACGGAACAAAAACUAAACUCGUGAUAAUGACAGUCGGGGCGCCGUUCGUUUGCGAAGGAUUUCCCUACUCAACAACUUUUAGAUUGAACCCCUACCACGUGUAGUGUGUAACCAAUGGAAGUCCACUACGGCGCUAGUGCAGCAGAAAUUUAUAUCAAACUUGACAUUUCAUUACGAAAAGUGGUCGGCUCGGCCACGUUGAACCACGGCAAAACAAAUCUACGUUCAACGAAGCAAUGCGUUCCAGCCGCAGACCUCACCAUCAGACUAAAAAGACAAACCCAAAAGCGCGGAAGAAAGCCUGAUAAGUUUUGUACAUAAAUAAUAUUUUUAAUUGAAAAUAAUGUUUAUAAUAUUAUAUUAUUUUCCACUCGUUUUUAUUGUGCUUUUUUAUUUAAAACCAGAAAGAAGAGAAAGAGAGCGUAAAU